CGUACUACACUGUACUACAUUGCAGCUUGUGGCAGCAAAGGAUAUGGCUGUGUAUUGCAGACGAUCAUUCAAAAUGGAUAUAACACCAAGUAAAUCUGUUAGGCGACGACUAGAUUUUGGAGAUGAACGCCCAGACGAGGCUCAAGUAAUUUUGGAACUCAAAGACCAAGCGAGAAUUAUAGACGAAGAGAAGAAACGGCUGUGGAAUUUUGACUUUGAAUUAGAAGAGCCACUGGAAGGAAACUGGCUUUGGGAACGUUGUUGCGUUCCUGUUGAAAGUGCCCAAAAUGACUUCGUUGAAAAACAGGAAUCCUCACACACGGAUAGUGAAAACUCAGACUGUAUAGUAGGAUCUACGUCUUCGUCUGUAUCCAGUACGGCGUUAGACCUAUCAGUAGUUCAAUGUGUAGAUAAUUCCUUUUUCAGCCAAGUUAGUGAAAGAACGCCAACAAUUUCUUCUAGCCAAAAACCAAGUAUACGCCAACAGAAAAUUACAGACAUGCUCAAGCUCAAAAAAAGAAAACUGAUUUCAUCCAUGAAACCCCAACAAAGCUCAAGAGACAACAAAAAGCCAAAACUAGAGAAAAAUGCCAGUUAGACUCCAUCCUGUAACCAUGGUAAUGGAGUUACCCACAAUGCACAAGAGCCUGCCAGUGCCAGCAGUAAUCCAUCAAGUUUGAUUGCCUUGGGGCUAGUAGGAGGCAGGAGAACUUUACCUGCUGCAUGAAAUGCUAUCCCACUUCCUACACUCCUUAAAAGGAGUGGUGGAGAGUGGCAGACAUUUUGUGAAGGGACCAAGACAAACAGUUCCCACCUGUGAUGAAGUGAGGCCCAAGCAAAUUAGUUCCAUCCCCGAUUUGAUUAGAAGGGAAGGUAGAGAGAGGAGAACUCUGGCUGCCUGAUGUUUUGUGUAGAAACUUGAGCAGGUUCUGCAAGCCAAACAUGGCAUCAGGUGGACUCAAAAAUAGACACAGACAAAUUGAGAGUUGGUUUUAAUAGACAGCAUGAAUGAACUUUGAAAAUGUUGAACAGCUGUAAAGUGGAGAGAUCUCUGAUGCAUGCUGUUCACUCACCUAGGCUUACUUCAUUCAGAUUAUGUUACUCAAGGCAAAACAACUGCACACUCUCCGAGGCCCUUGGUUUGUGUGGAAAACUUUAUCUGCUGUCAUCAGUGCAAUGGCACGCAUUUUGAUCUCAUUUUGUAUAGUUAUUAUUCUUAUUCAGAUUAUUAUUAUGUAACUGAAGACAAAGCUCUGGAGCAAGGAUUGCUGUUAGGGUUGAAAGUGUAUUUUUCCUUAUCGAGUUAAUUUAUACCUUGAAGUCAAAUUGAGUUGAAAAAUAUCAAAAUUCAAUAGUGAAAUGCCCAGUUGUCCAGCUAUCUGGUCAAGAGAUAAGAUCCUCAGUUGAAUACUUCAUUCACUGUUUAAUUAAAUUGUCUUGGAGGUUGAAAUCAUAGAAGGCAGGUAAAAUGACCAGAUGGUUCUCUUGACCACCAAGUGACACUUGUGGUCAAGUGGGACAGGACACUUGAGAAUAGAGAGAAAGAAAGCAAUAGGGGUUGGUGCAAUGGCCACUAUAAUACUUGGGCCUGAUAAGUGGUAGUUUGUUUGUUAGUUACCAGUUAUCCCACCAGUGUGUGGUGGGCUGAAAAUCACCUUUUCUAAGAUCUCGUAGUUAGUCAAGCUGGAUACUUUGUAGCCACAUCAAAAAGUGUGGGGCCAGUUGAAGUUGAAUGCGCAAACUAAUGGUAUCUGGAGGUGCAAAGCUGGAGUGCUUUAUAUUCCAGAGUGGUUUUCUUGUUUAGAGGAGGGAAGAGGCUGGGUUUUUGCUCGGAUUUAAUACUUUUCAAGCAGGGUCUUUGCAUGAAAGCAACAUGAAAAGUGGAAAUCGGCUUCUUAAACAUGACAUGUUAUUUAUGUUGUAUAUGUGUACAUAGAACUUGUAACAAAAUGUACUUUAUGUUUUUUGUAAUAUUUAUUAUCUUUUGGUAAAUUUUGUAACAAAAAGUCUAUAUUUAUCAGGUACUGAAAUAGUUCACUAAAGGCAUUGAUCGAUUUGACAAAAUUAGAAGAAGAAUAUUAGUUGGAUAAUGGUUGUGUUAUGAAAAAAGUGGAUAUUUUGUGUGCACUGUUUAAAAUGUGCCAAUUCCAGUGGGGAAAAGGUUUAGAUGUGCAAUAGAUUGGUUUAAAGAAAAUCUGGCAGCAGAAGUGCAUUCUGGGAUUAUAAAAAAAAGUUAUGUCAGGGGUUUAAUUUGUGGCAAUUAUUUUUAUUUUAAGUAAAACCUGUCAGGGAAUUUUUGUUAUGGUCAACAUAUGAUAACUCCACUGAUAUUUAUAGCAAUUACAACUUGUUAUAAUUGUAUAACCAUAACUUACACUGUUUUACCAACUUUAUUUUUGUCUUCAUUUAUUAUCUUUAGUUGGGCAAAAUCAUAUUGAUCUCAAUUUAUGAUGAAAAAUCCCUUCUGCUUUGUGUCAGUGCACUGUAUAUAUUUAUUUACAUGUACCAUAUACCAAUAUGAGUGGUUAUUUUCUAACGCCAUCAUGAACACAAUAAAGUAAAUGAAUAUUUAACAUGAA